GGGAGCUGAGGGCGUCGAGCUCCGGGUCUGUGGUGCUGCCCGCGGGGAUGAUUAAUCCGUCCGUUCCCAUCCGCAACAUCCGCAUGAAAUUCGCCGUCUUGAUCGGACUCAUUCAAGUCGGGGAGGUCAGCAACCGGGACAUCGUGGAGACCGUGUUGAACCUGCUGGUUGGUGGAGAAUUCGAUCUAGAGAUGAACUUUAUAAUCCAGGAUGCAGAAAGUAUAACAUGCAUGUCAGAACUUUUAGAACACUGUGAUGUAACAUGUCAAGCAGAAAUUUGGAGUAUGUUCACCGCCAUCCUUCGUAAAAGUGUCCGCAAUUUACAGACCAGCACAGAAGUUGGUUUAAUUGAACAAGUGCUACUGAAGAUGAGUACUGUGGAUGAUAUGAUUGCAGAUCUUCUCGUUGAUAUGUUGGGGGUUCUUGCCAGCUACAGCAUUACUGUCAAGGAGUUGAAGCUUUUGUUCAGCAUGCUACGUGGUGAAAAUGGAAUCUGGCCUAAACAUGCAGUCAAGUUGUUGUCAGUUCUUAAUCAGAUGCCACAGAGACAUGGCCCUGACACUUUUUUCAACUUCCCAGGCUGCAGUGCCGCAGCAAUUGCAUUGCCUCCUAUUGCCAAGUGGCCUUAUCAAAAUGGGUUUACGCUUAACACCUGGUUUCGCAUGGAUCCAUUGAACAAUAUUAAUGUAGAUAAGGAUAAACCGUAUCUCUAUUGUUUUCGCACUAGCAAAGGUGUUGGGUAUUCUGCUCAUUUUGUUGGCAACUGCUUAAUAGUCACGUCACUGAAAUCAAAAGGCAAAGGUUUUCAACACUGUGUGAAGUAUGAUUUUCAGCCACGCAAGUGGUACAUGAUUAGCAUUGUACACAUCUACAAUCGCUGGAGAAACAGUGAAAUUCGUUGUUACGUAAACGGUCAGCUAGUAUCCUAUGGAGACAUGGCUUGGCAUGUGAACACAAAUGAUAGUUAUGAUAAAUGUUUUCUGGGAUCAUCUGAAACUGCUGAUGCAAAUAGAGUGUUCUGUGGUCAGCUUGGAGCUGUCUAUGUAUUCACUGAAGCUCUCAACCCCGCACAGAUAUUUGCAAUACAUCAGCUAGGACCUGGAUAUAAGAGUACAUUCAAAUUUAAAUCUGAGAGUGAUAUUCAUCUGGCUGAACACCAUAAACAGGUUCUAUAUGAUGGGAAACUUGCAAGUAGUAUUGCCUUCACUUACAAUGCUAAGGCUACGGAUGCUCAGUUAUGCCUUGAAUCCUCACCAAAGGAAAAUCCUUCAAUUUUUGUACACUCCCCACAUGCUCUUAUGCUUCAGGACGUGAAAGCAAUCGUGACACAUUCGAUCCACAGUGCAAUUCAUUCAAUAGGAGGAAUCCAAGUUCUUUUCCCUCUCUUUGCUCAGUUAGACAAUCGGCAACUACAUGAUAGUCAAGUGGAAACAACCGUCUGUGCUACCCUCUUGGCUUUCCUGGUGGAACUUCUUAAGAGUUCAGUAGCCAUGCAGGAACAAAUGUUGGGUGGAAAAGGAUUCCUAGUUAUUGGCUACCUCCUUGAAAAGUCAUCCAGAGUUCAUAUAACAAGAGCUGUGCUGGAACAGUUUUUGUCUUUUGCGAAGUAUCUGGAUGGGCUGUCACACGGAGCACCUUUACUAAAGCAAUUAUGUGAUCAUAUCCUUUUCAACCCUGCUAUUUGGAUACAUACUCCUGCAAAGGUGCAGCUGUCACUGUAUACCUACUUGUCUGCUGAAUUCAUUGGCACUGCUACAAUCUACACUACAAUUCGUAGAGUAGGAACAGUAUUACAGCUAAUGCACACAUUGAAAUACUACUACUGGGUUGUUAAUCCUGCAGAUAGCAGUGGCAUUACUCCUAAAGGUUUGGAAGGCCCUCGGCCAUCACAGAAGGAAAUCAUAUCACUACGAGCAUUCAUGCUUCUAUUUUUAAAACAACUUAUUUUGAAGGAUCGAGGAGUGAAGGAGGAUGAACUACAAAGUAUAUUGAAUUACUUGCUAACAAUGCACGAGGAUGAAAACAUUCAUGAUGUACUUCAGUUGCUUGUAGCUUUAAUGUCUGAACAUCCAGCAUCUAUGAUACCUGCCUUUGAUCAACGAAAUGGGAUACGGGUAAUUUAUAAAUUAUUGGCCUCGAAAAGUGAGAGCAUCUGGGUGCAGGCUCUGAAGGUGCUAGGAUAUUUUCUCAAACACCUUGGCCAUAAGCGAAAAGUUGAAAUCAUGCAUACACACAGUCUGUUCACCCUUCUUGGAGAAAGGUUGAUGUUGCAUACAAAUACUGUAACCAUUACAACUUACAACACACUUUAUGAGAUUUUGACGGAACAAGUGUGUACACAAGUUGUUCAUAAGCCACACCCAGAACCAGAUUCUACAGUGAAAAUUCAGAAUCCAAUGAUUCUCAAGGUGGUGGCAACUUUAUUAAAGAAUUCCACACCAAGUGCAGAACUAAUGGAAGUUCGGCGUUUGUUUUUAUCAGAUAUGAUAAAACUUUUCAGUAAUAGCCGUGAAAACAGGAGAUGUUUACUGCAGUGUUCAGUGUGGCAGGACUGGAUGUUUUCUCUAGGAUAUAUCAAUCCUAAGAACUCAGAAGAACAGAAAAUUACUGAGAUGGUGUACAACAUCUUUCGUAUUCUUUUAUACCAUGCAAUAAAGUAUGAAUGGGGAGGAUGGAGGGUCUGGGUUGAUACUCUUUCCAUAGCUCAUUCCAAGGUCACCUAUGAAGCUCACAAGGAGUACCUAGCAAAGAUGUAUGAGGAGUAUCAAAGACAAGAAGAAGAGAAUAUAAAGAAGGGGAAAAAGGGGAAUGUGAGCACUAUCUCAGGCCUUUCAGCUCAGACAACUGGAGCAAAAGGUGCAAUGGAGAUUCGUGAAAUAGAAGAUCUUUCACAAAGCCAAAGCCCAGAAAGUGAAACUGAUUACCCUGUCAGUACAGAUACCAGGGAUUUACUCAUUGCAACAAAGGUAUCUGAUGAUGUUCUUGGAAGUUCAGAUAGACCAGGGGGUGGUGUGCAUGUAGAAGUUCACGAUCUGUUAGUUGAUAUAAAAGCAGAAAAAGUAGAAGCCACAGAAGUAAAGCUGGAUGAUAUGGAUCUAUCGCCUGAAACUUUGGUAACCAGAGAAAAUGGUGCCCUUGUGGAAGUAGAAUCUUUAUUGGACAAUGUAUAUAGUGCUGCCGUUGAAAAACUUCAGAAUAAUGUCCAUGGGAGUGUUGGCAUAAUUAAGAAAAGUGAAGAGAAGGACAAUGGUCCCUUGAUAACACUGGCUGAUGAGAAAGAUGAACCUUCUAACAAUACCUCAUUUCUUUUUGAUAAAAUACCCAACCAAGAUGAGAAACUUCUCCCUGAACUAUCCAGCAAUCACAUCACAAUUGCAAAUAUACAAGAGACUCAAAUGCACCUUGGUGUGAAUGAUGACCUUGGACUCCUUGCUCACAUGACUGGUAGUGCUGACAUAGCAUGUAGUUCAAGCAUAAUAGAAGAUAAGGAAUUCAAGAUUCAUACCUCUGUGGAUGCAAUGGGCACCCUUUCUGAGAGAGAGCUGGCUUCAUCAUCCAAAGGGUUAGAAUAUGCUGAAAUGGCUGCUACAACCCUUGAGACUGAGUCUUCUGGUGGUAAAACUGUACCAAAUGUAGAUGCAGGGAGUAUCAUAUCAGAUACAGAAAGGUCUGAUGAUGGGAAAGAAGUAGGGAAGGAAAUAAGAAAAAUCCAAACUACCACUACAACUCAAGCUGUACAAGGUCGGUCUAUUACGCAACAGGAUAGAGACUUGCGUGUUGACUUGGGAUUUCGAGGAAUGCCAAUGACAGAAGAACAGAGGCGCCAGUUCAGUCCAGGUCCACGAACAACAAUGUUUCGUAUCCCAGAGUUUAAAUGGUCCCCAAUGCACCAAAGGCUACUGACUGAUCUACUCUUUGCUUUAGAAACUGAUGUGCACGUUUGGAGAAGCCAUUCCACAAAGUCUGUGAUGGACUUUGUCAAUAGCAAUGAAAAUAUUAUUUUUGUACACAAUACUAUUCACCUCAUUUCCCAAAUGGUAGACAAUAUUAUCAUUGCUUGUGGAGGAAUUCUACCAUUGUUGUCUGCAGCAACAUCCCCAACUACUGAACUCGAGAAUAUUGAAGUAACUCAGGGUAUGUCAGCAGAGACAGCAGUGACUUUCCUCAGCCGCCUGAUGGCUAUGGUUGAUGUACUAGUAUUUGCCAGUUCACUAAAUUUUAGUGAAAUUGAAGCUGAAAAAAACAUGUCUUCUGGAGGCUUAAUGCGACAGUGCCUAAGGCUUGUUUGUUGUGUUGCUGUGAGAAACUGUUUGGAGUGUCGGCAAAGGCAAAGAGAGAGGGUAAACAAAUCUUCACUAAUCGGCAGUAAAACUCAGGAGACCCUUCAGGGUAUAAGUGCAACUACUACUGCUAAGACUCCACUGGAAAAUGUUCCUGGUAACCUAUCUCCUAUUAAAGAUCCUGAUAGGCUUCUUCAAGAUGUUGAUAUAAAUCGUCUGCGAGCAGUUGUAUUUCGUGAUGUGGAUGACAGCAAACAGGCACAAUUUUUAGCUUUGGCUGUGGUUUACUUCAUUUCUGUGUUAAUGGUCUCCAAGUAUCGGGAUAUACUUGAACCACAAAGAGAAACUGCAAGGUCUGGAAGCCAGGCAGGUAGAAAUAUCAGGCAAGAAAUAAAUUCACCAACAAGUACAGUUGUGGUCAUACCAUCUAUCCCACACCCAAGUUUGAACCAUGGAUUCCUUGCCAAGUUAAUCCCUGAACAGAGCUUUACCCACUCAUUUUACAAAGAAACCCCUGCUGUAUUUCCAGAUAAUAUCAAAGAAAAAGAAACUCCAACACCGGUUGAAGAUAUUCAACUGGAAAGCUCCAUUCCUCAUACAGAUUCUGGAAUUGGAGAGGAACAAAUGCCCAGUAUAUUGAAUGGGACAGAUUUAGAAACAAGCACAGGUCCUGAUGCUAUGAGUGAACUGUUAUCUACUUUGUCUUCUGAGGUGAAGAAAUCUCAAGAAAGUCUAACAGAAAGUCCCAGUGAAAUUCUGAAACCUGCAUCCUCAAUAUCAAGUAUCAGCCAAAGCAAGGGCAUCAACGUUAAGGAAAUAUUGAAAAGCCUGGUGGCAGCCCCUGUUGAAAUUGCAGAAUGUGGACCUGAUCCUAUUCCAUACCCUGAUCCUGCACUAAAGAGAGAAGCUCAACCUAUUCUCCCAAUGCAGUUUCACUCCUUUGACAGGAGUGUAGUAGUGCCAGUGAAGAAACCUCCUCCUGGAAGCCUAGCAGUGACCACAGUCGGAACUGCCACCACUGGAGGUGGAAUCCCACCAAGUAGUACACCUAAUAUAUUUGCUGCCACAGGAGCUACACCAAAAAGUAUGAUUAAUACAACAGGUGCAGUGGACUCAGGAUCUUCGUCGUCAUCAUCCUCAUCUAGUUUUGUGAACGGUGCUACCAGUAAGAAUCUCCCUGCCGUUCAAACAGUUGCACCAAUGCCAGAGGAUUCAGCAGAAAACAUGAGCAUCACUGCAAAGCUUGAGAGAGCUUUGGAAAAAGUGGCCCCGCUCCUUCGGGAAAUCUUUGUUGAUUUUGCCCCUUUCCUGUCUCGCACCUUGUUGGGCAGUCAUGGACAAGAGCUUCUAAUAGAAGGCCUAGUUUGCAUGAAGUCCAGCACCUCAGUGGUUGAACUCGUUAUGCUUCUUUGUUCCCAGGAAUGGCAGAAUUCUAUUCAGAAGAAUGCAGGACUUGCUUUUAUAGAGCUCAUCAAUGAAGGAAGAUUGUUGUGCCAUGCAAUGAAAGACCACAUUGUACGUGUUGCAAAUGAGGCAGAGUUUAUUUUGAACAGGCAAAGAGCUGAAGAUGUACAUAAACAUGCAGAAUUUGAGUCACAGUGUGCCCAAUAUGCUGCUGACAGAAGAGAGGAGGAGAAGAUGUGUGACCAUCUUAUCAGCGCAGCCAAGCAUCGAGAUCAUGUUACAGCGAAUCAGCUGAAACAGAAAAUACUGAAUAUCCUAACAAAUAAGCAUGGUGCUUGGGGAGCUGUCUCACAUAGCCAACUGCAUGACUUCUGGCGCUUAGAUUAUUGGGAAGAUGAUCUGCGCCGGCGGAGACGGUUUGUUCGCAACGCCUUUGGCUCCACACAUUCUGAUGCCUUGCUCAAAGCUGCUGUGGAAUAUGGCACUGAAGAAGAUGUAGUGAAGUCAAAGAAAACCUUCCGAAGUCAAGCUGUAGUCAAUCAGAAUGCUGAAACUGAGCUCAUGCUAGAAGGGGAUGAUGAUGCUGUCAGCCUGCUCCAAGAGAAGGAGAUUGACAACCUUGCAGGCCCCGUGGUCCUCAGCACGCCGGCUCAGCUCAUCGCCCCGGUGGUGGUGGCCAAGGGGACGCUCUCCAUCACCACCACCGAGAUCUACUUCGAGGUGGACGAGGAUGAUCCAGCCUUCAAGAAGAUCGACCCUAAAGUUCUUGCUUAUACCGAAGGCCUUCAUGGAAAAUGGAUGUUCAGUGAAAUUCGAGCUGUUUUCUCCAGACGUUAUCUUCUUCAGAAUACAGCCUUGGAGGUGUUUAUGGCAAACAGAACCUCCGUAAUGUUCAAUUUUCCUGACCAAGCAACAGUAAAAAAAGUUGUGUACAGCUUACCUCGUGUUGGAGUGGGAACCAGCUAUGGCUUGCCACAAGCAAGGCGAAUUUCUCUGGCCACUCCCCGUCAACUUUAUAAAUCUUCCAACAUGACUCAGCGGUGGCAGCGAAGGGAGAUUUCAAACUUUGAAUACUUGAUGUUUCUGAAUACUAUAGCAGGACGUACAUAUAAUGAUCUAAACCAAUAUCCUGUAUUUCCAUGGGUGUUAACAAAUUAUGAAUCAGAGGAGUUGGAUCUCACCUUGCCAGGAAACUUCAGAGAUCUUUCAAAGCCCAUUGGUGCUUUGAACCCAAAGAGAGCAGUGUUUUAUGCAGAGCGAUAUGAGACGUGGGAAGAUGAUCAGACUCCGCCUUAUCAUUAUAACACUCAUUAUUCAACAUCUACUUGUACGUUAUCGUGGCUUGUUCGCAUUGAGCCUUUUACAACAUUUUUCCUCAAUGCAAAUGAUGGAAAAUUUGAUCAUCCGGAUCGAACCUUCUCUUCAGUGGCAAGAUCUUGGAGAAAUAGCCAAAGAGACACUUCAGAUGUGAAGGAGUUAAUUCCAGAAUUUUACUACCUACCAGAAAUGUUUGUCAACAGUAAUGGAUAUAACCUCGGAGUCAGGGAAGAUGAAGUUGUUGUGAAUGAUGUUGAGCUACCCCCUUGGGCAAAGAAGCCGGAAGACUUUGUCCGUAUCAAUAGGAUGGCUCUGGAAAGCGAGUUUGUCUCCUGUCAACUUCACCAGUGGAUUGAUCUUAUAUUUGGCUACAAGCAACGAGGACCAGAAGCUGUGCGGGCACUUAAUGUUUUCCACUACCUGACAUAUGAAGGAUCUGUUAACCUUGACAGCAUCACGGAUCCUGUCCUCAGGGAGAUCCCAGAGGCUUAUUUUAUUAGAGAUCCUGAUACUUUCCUCCUUACAAAGGACUUUAUUAAGGCCAUGGAGGCACAGAUACAGAACUUUGGACAGACGCCAUCUCAGUUGCUUAUUGAGCCACAUCCGCCUCGGAGCUCUGCCAUGCACCUGUGUUUCCUUCCACAGAGUCCACUUAUGUUUAAAGAUCAGAUGCAGCAAGAUGUUAUAAUGGUUCUCAAAUUUCCAUCAAAUUCUCCCGUCACACAUGUGGCAGCCAAUACGCUUCCCCACCUUACCAUUCCUGCCGUGGUAACUGUGACUUGCAGCCGGCUUUUUGCAGUGAAUAGAUGGCACAACACAGUAGGCCUCAGGGGAGCCCCAGGAUAUUCUUUGGAUCAAGCUCAUCAUCUUCCCAUUGAAAUGGAUCCAUUGAUCGCCAAUAACUCUGGUGUGAACAAACGGCAGAUCACAGACCUUGUGGAUCAAAGCAUUCAGAUCAAUGCUCAUUGUUUUGUGGUCACAGCAGAUAAUCGCUAUAUUCUUAUCUGUGGUUUCUGGGACAAGAGCUUUCGAGUUUAUUCUACAGAAACAGGUAAACUCACUCAGAUUGUGUUUGGCCAUUGGGAUGUGGUGACGUGCCUUGCCAGAUCAGAAUCUUAUAUCGGUGGAGAUUGCUACAUAGUCUCUGGCUCUCGUGAUGCUACAUUACUGCUAUGGUAUUGGAGUGGCCGGCAUCAUAUAAUUGGUGACAAUCCAAAUAGCAGUGAUUAUCCUGCUCCCAGAGCUGUUCUAACAGGUCAUGAUCAUGAAGUUGUCUGUGUAUCAGUUUGUGCUGAGCUGGGACUUGUCAUAAGUGGUGCUAAAGAAGGACCUUGCCUGGUGCAUACAAUCACUGGAGAUUUGCUGCGAGCACUUGAAGGAACAGAAAACUGUUUGUAUCCUCGCUUAAUUUCAGUGUCUAGUGAAGGCCACUGUAUCAUCUACUAUGAACGAGGCAGGUUCAGCAAUUUCAGCAUUAAUGGCAAACUCUUGGCUCAGAUGGAGAUCAACGAUUCAACUAGGGCUGUCCUCCUGAGCAGUGAUGGGCAGAACCUGGUUACAGGUGGUGAUAAUGGAGUAGUGGAAGUAUGGCAGGCUUGUGACUUCAAGCAGCUCUACAUUUACCCUGGCUGUGAUGCUGGCAUUAGGGCAAUGGACCUCUCCCACGAUCAGAGGACUCUAAUUACUGGCAUGGCUUCUGGUAGCAUUGUAGCUUUUAACAUAGAUUUUAAUCGGUGGCAUUAUGAGCAUCAGAAUAGAUAUUGAAGCGGAUUGAAGAACUGAAAGCAAAGGUGAAACUGAGAGCACAAUUGCUACUGAAAGGCAUAAUCUCUGGUGGAAAAACGAAUCUGCAUUGACCUCUGUUGUACAUUCCAUUACACCCAGCAAUAGCUGUACAUUGUAGUCAGCAACCAUUUUACUUUGUGUGUUUAUUCACAACUGAACACCAGCUGCUGCAGAAGCGAGCUUGUAUCAUGUAAAUUAUAAUGACUUAGGAGAUGUUUUGGUAAUUAUUUCAUAUACCUUUGUUUACUGAGAAAAGGUAGAAGAACACAUCACAAGAGACUUUUGAAUAUUCUGAGGAACCUUGUGUCUGGUUGUUAAAUUGUUUGGGCCAUGAACCUAGCAUACAUUUCCCAUUUCCAGCCUCUUUUCAAGCUGAAAAAUAAUUUAAAAAAAAACUACGUUUGAUACUUUGUACAUCAGAUGCACAUCUUAACUUUAAAGGGAUACUUUUGUAAAAGUAAAACCUUGUAUAAAGAACAAAAAAACGUUUCUUAAUUUUAUUGUGGAGUUACAACUUGCAUGUACUUUAAACCUGAUGUCUUGAUGAAAGAGCCACAUUCACAGGUUAAACUGAAAAGCUGCCUAAGGGCCCAGCUUGUAUUCAAGGGUUGAAAUGGGGUGCAAACUGAAAUUUUGUUAUUGCCACUGAAACAUGGUUUGCAUUUUUCAAUCUCAAGCCACCCCUUCUAAGUGGAGUUUUGCUCACGACAUGAAGCAUUUGGAUAUGAAGCCAUUGUUUGCCAUAUUUAUGCAUUAUAAAAAAGAAAAGAAAAAUUCUUCCCUUAAUAAUUUAAUAAUACGAUAGACCGGUGGGAGCACAGAAGAGUUGCCAUGCUACAGUGCUUAAUGACUCCCACCAAAGCAAGCGUGCUAGACUUCUAGAUUCAUCACAUUUGGCAUACUGUACAUUGCAGGGAGAGAGCGAUUAAGGUGUUCUCUUUAUUUCCUUGGAAAUAAAGCUUGGUUAAAAGCAACCAU